AUGCAAUUUAUUGAUGCUGGUCACCUUCCUCUUAACUCUAAUAGACGAAAUCCAUUAACUACUAAUAAUUUUACUGAAAGAAUAAAUCAAAUAAUUGAAUCACAAUUAUCAGAAAAGCAAACA